AUGACGGCGCUGGAUAGUGUUUGGAUUCCGUCUGAAGACAAGGGCGAGCAAGUUCAGGUUGGGGUGUACGGAGAAAGUGUACAGUUCACACCUACGAGGUCCAUGGCUCAGUCAACUGCCGGUAAGAAUUGGUUUGACCGCGUGAAGUUUAAGUCUGGAGAUGCGGACCAGGAAGACGAAGAGGAAGAAGAAGAGGACGAGGACGAGGAAGUAUUCUCAAGAUUGAACUCGCUCUCUGACAGCGAAGACGGGAUAUUCAAUCUGUCCAAAGUCUUUAUCUCUCCUUCAGAAACACAGCGAGCUAUGGUGCAACAGUUACAGCAACAGCAGCUUUUACAUCGUCAAGGACUACGGCUACAACAAGAACAACAAUCAUACCAGUUACUACUACAAAAACAAAAACAAAAAGAGCAACAGCAGCAACAGCAGCAACAGCAACAACAAACGGUACAACAUCUUCCGCAGGAAGGCAGCGGUGGUGGUUUCGAAGUUGAUAUCGAUCCAAUGUAUGCUUUAGAAAACCCUGGAAAUGCUAUGGAGGAUCAAAGAUCUUUGUCAGUGGACUAUUCUUUAUUGCAAUCGAUAACUGACAAUACUUUUACUAUGCAAGAUAAUGGAUCAACAAAUCCCACACUGCCUUCAACAAGUGCACCGGUAGCGUGGAACGCGGGCAUUUUUGACGUCUGGUGCAACUCGCUUUAUAACGUGGUGCCCGAAUCUUUUCAACAAGUGCAGAAUCUCGCUGCACCAAAGGAUCAGCUACAACAGCAACAGCAGCCACAACAACAGGAGCAGCAGCCACAACAGCCCAAAUCGCAUUCUAUCUCUUCGGCUUCACAAUCUCUACACAAUGGAUCCUUUCGUGGCGCUGGGCGCGUGUACAAGAGGUCAAAGUCCGUAUGUGCAGGAAUAGUGUCAAAUGACUGUGGCAGGAUAGCAGCUCCUAAUUUAGCGCAUACGCUUCGUACAUCUAUGAGCUCUGCAGGUCGUAUAUCGAAACACAACAACAACAACAACAACAGCAGCAGCAGCAGCAGCAGCAGCAGCAGUGCAAGCAUAAGUAGCGUUAGCAGCUUUGGCGGUGGCACACAUGCUCCUAGUCUACGCCGGGGGUCAUGUUCUGCGAUAUACGACAUAUCGGGUGUACCUUCUGGGCUUUCUCAAGUUACCGGCGUCGCUGGCGUCGCCGCUGCACAUGGGAGCCACCAUCCUGCAGUGUACAAGUAUGUUGCACAAGCUCACUUGUCAAUGCAAUGCGAUACAACUAAGAUUGAAAUCGAAAACAAAGCUGACUGGCUACCAAUAUCUCCUAUGACCCCGGAGCGUUCAUCUCAUAUUAUUUCCAAAUUACAGGAAAAGAAGAAUGUGCUGUUAGAUACUGUCUAUGAAGUUUUUGAACUAUUUCCGCAGCAGCAUUUCUUACCAGAAAAGUUGGAGAUCCUUGCCUUGGAGUUUGAACCCUAUUUUGCCAAAAUGCGAAACGCUGAGGAGACUUCUGCAAUCAUUUCUGAGGAUUCUACUGCUUUAAAUCGAUGGAUGUGGUUAAAUCAACGGAGAAAGAGAUGUUCAAAUCAAUUAAAGCAGUUUCCCCGUUUUACUGUGCGCGAGGCUGUGGACGAUGAUGGAUCCCCCUACCAAAUUGAGGUACGCACAUCAUCCGGAUAUAAUGAUUUCACUUCAACUUCUAGUUCCACGUCAAGUUUAUCACAUUUAGACUUCUUACUAUUGCGUCUAAGGCACAUGAACUUAUUACGAGAGUCCGAUGACCGUAAACGCAAGACAAAAUACUAUGAAUUUAUUGAGGGUAAGAUGAAACGGCCCCUUAACAGCUUUAUGCUUUAUAGGUCCUCCUUGAUGAAAGCUUUAUCCAUUCUAAAGGUCGUCAAAAUCGUGACAGACCUUGUUGGGGUGGUUCAAAAGGAGUUCCAAUCUCUUGACGAGUAUACCGUUUUAAAAUUUCUCUCGGAAACGGUGAAAUCGCGUCGGGGGCUUGCCUUUGAGCAGUUACCUCAUAUGCAGCGAUUAUCCGAGAUCAUUAAUGAGCAACUUUACCGGCAAAAUGAUUCCAGAAUUGGCAAUGGCGCACAUACUGCACCGUCGACUAUACAGGAACGUGUUCCUUUGGAUCCAAAGUUUAGUAAUCACACUGUGCUAGCUCAGGUGAUCACCCUGAUGUGGAACUCGGAAUCCAGUCGCUGCCGUGAGGAGUUCGUCAAGUUUUCAAAAGUUGAAAAAAGUCAUCACCAUAUGGUUUAUCCCAAAUACAAGUAUUGUCCGGUUAAAAAAUUGAAGCUGGAGGAAUUGGAAAAUAAUUUGAAUAUUACGACUUUCACCCCGGACCUUUUAGAUGGAUUCAGGAACAUAAAUUCUGGUGACUAA